AUGCGGAGGGACCGGAUAUCUGCUGGAAUUGAGGCACUGAAGAUGUUCAUUCUCGAGAACAAACUGGGAACGGACAAACAGAGGUAAGAAACAGUAACUUGCUUUUCAUUCAUGCGAUUAACGGUUUUUUUCUCAACUUAUCUCCAGAAUGUUCAAAAAAUUGGUAGCAGAAGAGGUAAUAGCAAAUAAAAUUUAGAUUGAGAAUGGAGAGCAGAGCGUGCUCACCGUUCGCAAUGACAACGAAAUGUGGAAUGUCCGUUCGGACCAUGUCCCCGUCCAUUUCGAGGUGAAACCGGGUUUCCCACAAAAACGAAGCGUGGGAUACAGGCUGGAACGUGGCCCCCUUCCAGCACGGUUCUCCCACGACCACGCGGAGAUGGAUUCCGAAUGGGAGACACGUUCCAGCCUGUAUCCCACGCUUCGUUUUCGUGGGAAACCCGGUUUUACGUCGAAAUGGACGGAGACAUGGUCCGAACGGACAUUCCACAUUUCGUUGUCAUUGCGAACGGUGAGCACGCUCUGCUCUCCAUUCUCAAUCUAAAUUUUAUUUGCUAUUACCUCUUCUCCUACCAAUUUUGUGAACAUGCCUGCCAAGACUGACUACUCCUACUCGAAGAAGUCAAUUUUGGAGGCACAAAAAAGAGUUGAAAGCAAUAAUCUUUACGAGGAACUGCGUAUCCUCUUGAAUUGUGCUAAAAUCUCGUAAGUUUACAAUAUCAUCUUCUUCUGUUUCAAUCGCAUAACGUUUUCAGAAAGGAAAGCACUCUGGCGCGUGCUGUCGAGUUCCUGACGGGCCAGCCAUUCGCUCCGGAUGGCCCUACAUCUGGUCCCGGUCCGAUCAAGAAAUCCGCGAAGGAACAGAUGCGGAGGGACCGGAUAUCUGCUGGAAUUGAGGCACUGAAGAUGUUCAUUCUCGAUAAAAAACUGGGAACGGACAAACAGAGGUAAGAAACAGUAACUUGCUUUUCAUACAACGGUUCUUUUCUCAACUUAUCUCCAGAAAUCGAACAUAGAGACCUCUGCUUUUUUGAUAAAAGUAUGAUUUCUGUGGGAGGUUACAGCUUCACAAAUUUCUUUCCUCCGUAGGUUUUACCGGCCCAUGAUUCUUAACAACUUUCUUUUCUCACUUUCAACUUGUUUACAGACUGAAACUGGAGCACAACACGGUUCUCGACAUCAUCUGCAGGCACAUCAAGUCGAUUUCGCGGUCAUCGAGCGCUUCCGACAGUGGCAUUUCAUCUGCUUCUUCUUCUUCUUCUUCUUCUUCUAUCUCAACUCCAAGUCCAGUUUCCCUACUUUCCUUCCCGACUCCGAUGAUCUUUCCUCCUUAUUUUACCGUACCUACUUCCCCGUUCCUCUUCCCAAUUGUUCCUAUGACUGUCCGUGUGUCUCUUCCGAUUCUCCGGCCAUCUCGUCCCCAUCCGUUCAGCAUCGUCGCUCUUCUCGCCGACCAAAUCUCCGAUUUAUGA